AUGUUUAUGACAGUGCUACUCCUCGUUCUUAGUGUACAGUUUAUAGUGACCGAAGGGGAUGGGUCGUCAAAAUGUGCUCCUAAUGAGUGCCUCUCGCAAUAUGGUUAUUGUGGAACAAAUUCCACUUAUUGCGGUGAAGGAUGCAAAGGUGGUCCAUGUACCAAUUCGAAAACAACGGUAGCUCCAGCAUCGAAAUGUGCUCCUAAUGAGUGCCUCUCGCAAUAUGGUUAUUGUGGAACAAAUUCCACUUAUUGCGGUGAAGGAUGCAAAGGAGGACCGUGCUUAUCUGGUAGUUCAAAUACGGCCGCACCUCCAACACCGGGAACUUCCGCCACAGUCUCGUCUGUAUUCGAUGAAAACGUGUUCAAAUGUAUUUUUUCCGAGCUGGACUCAGCAACAUUAACUAAACGGUUUGAUGGACUGAAGACAGCUGCAUCAAAAAUGAAAUGGACACCCGCGGAUGAUAAACAAGAAAUAGCUGCGUUUCUUGCUCAUGUCUCGCAUGAAACAGACGGUCUUAAAACUUACAUCGAAUACUGUAAAUCACAAGGUACAUGUGAUAAUUAUCAAAAGUCGCCAGGGUGUUCGGUACAAGCAAAACCUGGAAAACAAUAUUUUGGUCGCGGGUGGCUCCAGCUGUCGUAUCCUUGCAAUUACGAGGCGUGUGGAAAAGCAAUUGGUUUAGAUUUACUAUCCGAUCCCGAUCUAGUGAAUAGUAGUGAUGAAGUGGCAGCCCAAACCGGAAUUUGGUUUUGGCAGUCAAAUGGACUUGGACCGUUAGCAGUUGCCGAUAAAUUCGGCGAAACCACUAAGAAAUUGAACGUUUACGAGUAUAUUAUGACAGAUAAAAUUUCUAUUGCGAAAAAAUAUUUUGAAUUAUCAAAUGAACAUAAAUUAAAUGAUAUAUUUGAAUUAUUUGAUGAAAAUGCAACAUAUGAAACACAAUAUUUAAAUAAAACAGAAUUUAAUGGUUUAAAUGAAAUAAAACAAAUGAUGAAGACAUUUUUUAAUGAAACAGUACCGGAUGUACAAUGGUUUGUGGAAUCGGAUUUUAAAAUUGAUACGAUUAAUUUUAAUAGUAAUUUGAUAAAAAAUUAUCAUUUGGGUGAUGCCGUUGUCGCUGAUUUUAAACGUUUAUCAAAACAAAACGAAGAAUUUAAUGAUAAACAUGGUAGACAAUGGGUCUGUGUAAAUGAUUUAGGAAAAAUUUAUCAUAUGAAAGUCAUAACAAAUCAAUAG